GUGGAGACAGUUUUCCAGGAAUAACCCGGAAGCUGCAUUGCUUAUUUUUUCUCUUUUUUUAUUGUUUUCAUUUUCCAGCAUGAAUGCGUUGAACAAACGCAUGGUGGACAUCAGUGAUGGCUUGGAGGAUGUUCCUGUUUUAUGUAAAGAUCCAAUAACCCCUACAUUCAAGUAUUGUCCGGAUAAUGUCCAGGGACCGGGCUGUGCGGUUGACCCCUCUGAGGUCACCCUUCCCGGCUGCUCUUGCCUUUCCCGCUCCUGCUGCCCCGAGAGCUGCUCCUGCCUGCAGACUGGUGGGCAGGCGUACCACGCCACCGGUGCUUUGCUGGACCUCAACAGAACCGGCUCGGAUUACUCUUCACCUGUGUUUGAGUGCAAUGCCCUUUGCAGCUGCAGUGACUCCUGCUCGAAUCGGGUGGUGCAGAAGGGACUGCAGCUCAGCUUGGAGGUUUUCCACACCAGCAACAAGGGCUGGGGAGUUCGGACGCUGCAGCAAAUUCCCCGUGGGACAUUCGUGUGCGAGUAUGCAGGGGAGGUGGUCAGCUUUGUGGAGGCCAGGGGCCGGCAGCUGAGCCAGAGUGCUGAGGAGAAUAAUUACAUCAUCGCGGUGGUGGAGCAUGCGGGGUCAGGCUCUGUCACUGAAACAUUUGUGGACCCGACCCGGGUGGGAAAUGUAGGCCGUUUUCUCAACCACUCCUGCCAGCCUAAUCUGGUUAUGGUUCCUGUGCGCGUGCACUCAGUCGUUCCCAGCCUGGCGCUUUUUGCUGCACGGGACGUCAGAACUGAAGAGGAGCUGACGUUUGACUAUUCAGGAGGAUGCAGGAAGCAGCAGCCUGCAGAGACGACGACCACGCAAAGUCCUGCUGUGGCGGAGGCCAGCCGGCCAAACGGACAGCAGAGGAAACCGUGCCGCUGUGGUGCCGAGAAGUGCACAGGCUUCCUGCCUCUGGAUUUAUCCAUUCUCUACUAAAACCUUUGCUGAAAUAAAUGAUCAUGCACGUCAGAAUUCCUCCUGAAUAUUACGCUUUUUAAAGUUAUAGGUCUGUUUUUCAGUCUCCCUGAAUUCUUGAACAUUUGUUGCCCAUUAGAGCAGCAGAAUGAGUCAUGCCUGAGCUCAGCACUAUUCCCCAAUUGGUAUUUUGAGUUUUCUGAUCUUAAUUUUGCUGCUGUCUUUAUCUUUGUGCAGUAAAAGAAUACUUUUUAGAAUAUUUCUAACUAAUAAAAUCAUUUGAACUUCUAA